AGCUGUUCUCUGCGGCAGGAACUCACCUGUUCCUCGGUCCAGCGCUGUAGUCUUCCCACGCCGGUAUCUGCCUGCAAUGUCUGGUCACAUGCCCUGUACUGUCUGCAGUCUCUGGUCAUAACCCCCUGUACUGUCUGCAGUCUCUGGUCUCUCCUGUACUGUCCGCAAUCUCUGUUCAUCUCCUGUACUGUCCGCAGUCUCUGUUCAUCAUCCCCUAUACUGUCUACAGUCUCUGGUCAUCCCCUGUACUGUCCGCAGUCUCUGGUCAUCCCCUGUACUGUCCGCAGUCUCUGGUCAUCCCCUGUACUGUCUGCAGUCAUCUGGUCAUCCUGUACUGUGUCCACAGUCUCUGGUCCAUCUCCUGUAUUAUGUCCGCAGUCUCUGGUCCAUCUCAUGUACUAUGUCCGCAGUCUCUGGUCCAUCUCCUGUACUGUGUCCGCAGUCUCUUGUCAUCUCCUGUACUAUGUCCGCAGUCUCUGGUCAUCUCCUGUACUAUGUCCGCAGGUCUCUCUGGUCAUCUCCUGUACUGUGUCCGCAGUCUCUGGUCAUCUCCUGUACUUUGUCCGCCGCAGUCUCUGGUCAUCUCCU